UUAAACCUACUGUUCCUUGAAGUUCCCUUGGGAAUAAAUUUCACUGUUGGACGGCGAACAGCUAGUAUAGAGUAGGUUUUUUGGUGAGUAAAUUAGUGCGGGAAGCAAUUGGACCAUCUUCAUGUUAAAUCUUUUCCCCUAAUUUCCCAAAAGCAAUAUUUGUGUUGGUGAAAAUGGAAGCAUUGGGCGGUAAUGUUGCGUUCUGGGGUUGGAAACGUCCAGAGAUAAGAAGUCCAAAAAGGCCGUUUUCAUCAAAGUCGAAGUCCUCAGAUUCAACGGCGGAGGCAACGGGCGGUUAUCGUUUCCCGUUGAAGCAAGCGGUGACGGCUGCCUCGCUCGCUCUCACGGGCGACACCAUCGCUCAACUGAGUGACCGCUGGAGAAAACAAAAACAGUCCCUUUCUGGUUCAAGUGAUACAUGUAAGGAUAUCAUGUCAAGCAUCAUUUCACACCAUGAUUGGCUUCGUGCCUUGAGGAUGACUUCUUAUGGGUUUCUUUUAUAUGGUCCUGGUUCAUAUGCAUGGUAUAAGUAUCUGGAUCACUGUUUGCCACAUCAGACAGCACAAAACAUAAUGCUGAAGUUCUUGCAGGUUUUACUAAACCAGAUAGUGCUUGGUCCAUGUGUGAUUGCUGUUGUCUUUGCAUGGAAUAAUUUAUGGCUUGGAAAGCUCUCAGAGCUCCCAAAUAAAUAUCAGAAGGAUGCACUCCCAACACUAUUUUAUGGAUUUAGGUUUUGGAUCCCUGUCAGCAUGUUGAAUUUUUGGGUGGUCCCUCUUCAAGCCCGUGUAGCUUUCAUGUCCACAGGAUCCAUUUUUUGGAACUUUUUCUUGUCAUCAACUAUGAGCAAGUAGAUUCAACUGCAGCAACAAUUGAUUUAUUCAUGUGACAUCAGCUAAUAAGAUUCAAGCCUGAGGAAUUUUAGUUCCUGCUCCCAGUUUACUUGCCUUGAGCUUAUUGGUUCCCUUUAUGGUUUACUUCUUUUUUCAUUUAUAUGAUAACUUAUUGUUAAACUGAAAUCUGGCUGAAUUCAAGCCAAAAGCGAUAGAUGUGGGGAUUGGAAGUCAGACUUUCUGCCAUAACUUCACAUUGUGACUUGGUUCACAGAUUGCUUUGCUUAUGUAAGAUAUUCAAGAAGUACUAUGACUAUCUACUUAGCAAAUACAAUGCCAGAUAUACUUAAUUUGUUAUGAACACAGUAUCAUGUGAUUUACUGGCAAUUUUGUGCCUUUCGUGUUAUUACCCUCUUGUUGUUUAAUUAUUAUUUUCCCUUUAAAUGUUUCUUGAGAAUGGAUUACCGCUUGAUCGUGGCAAUGGAAAUGAAUUAUCACCAGUCUUCUCAUAGAACCGGAAAUGAUUUAUUUCUUUUAGGUACUGUCUAAAUUAAUCUAAUAUCUUUAUUUUGCUGCAUUUGGAUGAGUCCAAGAGGAAGGGGGAUUUGAACUUGUUACAUCUAAAUUUCUUACGAAUCUUGCUGACAAGAACAGAUUCUGUUGAGCAAGGGCAUAGGUUUGCAAUUAAUAUUGCUCUAAUGUUUUAUUACGUUCUUUUCUGCCUUUCUAAUAAUUCUAGUCGUGUAAGAAUUGAA